AUGGGUCACGAAGACGCUGUUUAUUUGGCCAAGCUUGCGGAGCAAGCCGAGCGCUAUGAAGAGAUGGUUGAGAACAUGAAGACUGUCGCUUCCUCCAAUACCGAGUUGACCGUCGAAGAGCGAAAUCUUCUCUCCGUUGCUUACAAGAACGUCAUUGGCGCCCGCCGAGCCUCGUGGAGAAUCGUCACCUCCAUUGAACAAAAAGAAGACUCGAAGGGCAACGAGGCUCAAGUUAAACUCAUUAAGGAGUAUCGUGUCAAGAUCGAGGCUGAACUUGCCAAGAUUUGUGAGGAUAUCUUGGAGGUCCUCGACAAGCACCUCAUUCCUAGUGCCCAGAGCGGUGAGAGCAAGGUCUUUUAUCACAAGAUGAAGGGUGACUACCAUCGUUACCUCGCCGAGUUUGCCCUUGGUGACAAGCGCAAGGAGUCUGCCGAUAAGUCUCUCGAGGCUUACAAGAAUGCUACUGAGGUUGCCCAGAGCGAUUUGGCUCCAACUCACCCAAUCCGACUCGGUCUUGCCCUGAACUUCUCUGUCUUCUAUUACGAGAUCCUGAACUCCCCGGAUCAAGCUUGCCAUCUUGCGAAGCAGGCCUUUGAUGAUGCUAUUGCGGAACUUGACACCCUUAGUGAGGAGAGCUACAAGGAUUCCACAUUGAUCAUGCAGCUUCUCCGUGAUAAUCUGACCCUCUGGACCUCUUCCGAAGCAGAAGCCGAACAGGCCCCCGCCGACGGAAAGGAAACAACGAUGGCCGAUGCCCCACCGGCCGAGACGGAGACCGCUGGCAAGGAUUAG